UGUGUUCAGUCGUCUCCACCACUCCACCACAUCACCACCACCACCACCACUACUACCACUACUACUACUACUACUACUAUAAUGAGUUACGAAGGGACCAUAAGACUCAACGUUGACUUCGAUGCUAAAAGGUCUUGUUCCCGCUUCCGCAAGGCCAUGAAGGGACUCGGGACGGACUUCAACGCCAUAACGAGAGAGCUUGUAGCGAAUCAGAACAUCCAGAGACAGGAGAUCAAAGAGGAGUAUAAGAAGACUGGAAGGGACCUAAUUGAAGAUCUGAAGGAUGAGCUCGCAGGAACAUACGAGGAGGCUGUCUUGGCGCUGUUUGAAGCACCUUACGAUCUCCUGGUGUCCGCUAUACACCACGCCUUUUCGGGUCGAGGCACGGACGAAAAGGCCCUGAUUGAUAUUCUCUGCUGCCGGACCGCUGACGAGAUCGAGUCCCUGAGAGAACUCUAUGAGAAAAGGUACAACGAGUCUCUGGAUGAGCGGUUGGAGUCGGAGUUGUCGGGAGAGUUCAGUAUGCUGAUGAGGAGUCUGGUGGGGGCCGACAGGGACCAGGACCUGACCGUGGAUGCUGCGAGGGCCAAGACGGAUGCCCAAACACUCUACGAUGCUGGCGUGGGCAACAAGGACGAGGAGGACACCGAGGACUUCAUCACAAUCCUCAACUCCCGCAGCUACCCACAACUCCAGGAGACGUUUGAAGAGUACCUGAGGCUCGCGGGAUGCAACAUUGAGGAGGCCAUCGAGUCAGAGUUCAGCGGAGACAUGCAAAAAGGACUCCUGGCUAUCGUGCAACGCGUGCGAGACCCUUUGGGCUUCUACGCCGAGCGGCUGAACCAGACGAUGGCCGGGGCGGGGACGGACGACGAGGCGCUCAUCCGCAUCAUUGUGAGCCGCUCCGAGAUCGACUUGGAGGACAUCAAGGGUCGCUACAAGGAGAUGUACGGCAACGAGUUAGCGGACGACGUAAGGGAUGACACGCAGGGGGAGUACCAGAAGCUGCUCUUAGCUAUUAUCAACAACUAGCGACCUUGGCGAUGACUGGCAACGCUGACUUGGGUGCAUUCUCAUAACAGCAACGUUUGAGCGACUCCUUCUCACAUUAGCAACGUUUGAAGUGUGACUGAUUUCCAUAAUAGCAACGUUUGAAGUGACUUGUUCUCAUAUUAGCAAUGUUUGAAGUGUGACUGAUUUCCAUAAUAGCAACGUUUGAAGUGACUUGUUCUCAUAUUAGCAACGUUUGAAGUGUGACUGAUUUCCAUAAUAGCAACGUUUGAAGUGACUUGUUCUCAUAUAAGCAACGUUUGAAGUGUGACUGAUUCCCAUAAUAGCAACGUUUGAAGUGACUUGUUCUCAUAUUAGCAACGUUUGAAGUGUGACUCAUUCCCAUAUUAGCAACGUUUGAAGUGUGACUCAUUCCCAUAAUAGCAACGUUUGAAGCGACUUGUUCUCAUAUUAGCAACGUUUGAAGUGUGACUCAUUCCCAUAAUAGCAACGUUUGAAGCGACUUGUUCUCAUAUUAGCAACGUUUGAAGUGUGACUGAUUCCCAUAAUAGCAACGUUUGAAGCGACUUGUUCUCAUAUUUAGCAGCCUUCAAUAGCAAAUUCUAAUAGCGUUUCCUACAACUAGCAGCCUUAAAAAUAGCAACUGUUAUCAAAUUUUUCUUCUUAACUACUAGCAACGUUAUUGAGUUCUAGUACCGCUAUAGUAAUGUUAGGGACCACGAAUAUCAAAGUUUUUUUUUUUUUAUCAACUACAAUAAUAAUACCACCGACUUCUUUACUGCAAACGUUAUCAGUCAAUACUAACCUUAGCUCCAAUGUUUUUUUUAUUUUAUUUUAUUACUGCGUUUAGUUUAUCAAUAUGGUUUUUUUUUUACAAAUCAUCAAUAUUUUUCUUAUAUAUUCGCCUAUAAUGAUUUUGUUUGACUUUAUUUUUAUUACUGCGUUUAGUUUAUCAAUUUGUUUUCUAUAGUUUAUCAAUAUCUUUUUAUAUAUAUUCGCCUAUAAUGAUUUUGUUUUACUUUAUUUUUUCAUGUUGUUGAUUUGAGCAGCUCUGUUACUCUCCUUUUCUUUCCUCUCUUACUUUUCUUAUUUUUUUCCUCUUUCUUUCUUUUUCUUUCUCAUUCCAUUCUCAAGGUUAAGUUAGUUACGAGGAGAUUCAUUCCUCAUGCCUCGGAAAAAAAUAUAUACGAGUAUAAACUGUUGUGAUAUUUUAAUUAUAUGCGUCUAGUGUAGAGUGAUUUUUGAAAGCUUGAAAUACGAGUGCCUUAGUAAUAAUAAUAAUAAUAAUAAUAAUAAUAAUAAUAAUAAUAAUAAUAAUAAUAAUAAUAAUAAUAAUAAUAAUAAUAAUAAUAAUAAUAAUAAUAA